AUAAGAUAACAACCAAUAUUUCCCAAUAUUUUAAUGUGACAAAAUGUGGGAAAGUUCCAAUGUAGCAAAUUUCUAUAUAAUCCCUUGCAGUUGUACUUUCCCUGACCUACAAGACAGGUAUGCUAAGCUGAUGCCAAAGCUGAUACCCAAGAAUUAGAACUUCCUUCUUCCUAAACAUGUCAGGGAUUAAGUUUAAUAGGCUUCUGUUGUCUGCUGCCAUGGGCAUCUCUUUACCACGCAUACAAACCUCAGACCUGGUCACGGACUAUGGACACGAUGAUUUACCUUCUGGUUGUAAUAUUAAUAAAAGCUGAACCAUGUAGAAGUUAUGCUCGAUGUUUGAGUGGGUGCAGCUGUUUUGAUGACCGCCAUGGAAGGUCACUCAUAUGUAUGGAAGAAAGCGCCUUCGGGGCCAUUCCCGACAACCUUCCAGGCGAUUUGACCAAAAUACGGAUAGAAAAAUCCCACUUCACUGAAAUCCCCAGGGGAGCUUUUUUCAAAACACCCGCGGUGGAAAACCUGUGGCUGAACUUUAACGACAUCACAGUGAUAAACUCAAAAGGUCUGGAGGGUUUGGGGAACCUAACCGAGCUCCGUCUGCAGGGGAAUAAGCUGCGAUCAGUACCAUGGACAGCGUUCGAGGACACGCCGAACCUCAAGAUCCUGGACCUGAAGCACAACCAGCUGGACGUCCUCCCGGAGCACGCCCUCAAGUUUCUGCCAGGGCUCACAUAUUUAGAUUUGUCCUUCAACCAGCUCACGGUCAUAUCAAAAGAAGUCUUCCAGAACUGGCCUCUUUAUCAGAAAAUGCAAAAUGCAGAGGAGCGGGAUGCCGCGGCGUCCAGGACGAACGUUGUCCUGGCGCUGCACGACAACGCCUGGCUUUGCGACUGCCGCCUGAAGGGCCUCGUGGAGUUUAUCACGUCCUUGAGUCCUCCGAUCAUACUGAUGAACUCCUACCUGACAUGCUCAGGGCCGGACUUUAGGGCGGGCAAGUUCUUCCACGAGAUCGAGCUGCAGGCAUGCACAAAACCAGUGGUCAGCACGCCGAAGGCGAACAUGAGCCUGCCUCUGGGAUCCAACCUCACCCUGCACUGCUACGCCAAGGCGAGGCCGGACCCUGCUGUGUGGUGGACAUAUGGUCUGAAGAUAAUCAGAGGAUUUCAUGAGUCCCAAGAGAGAGUUUCCGAUGACACCAUCAGAUCCCACCUGGUGAUUCCUUCCCUUAGUGCAGCAGACCAUGGGGUCUACACCUGCACUGCUGUAAACUUCAUUGGGAACUCCUCGGCAAGCGUCCUCCUAGAUGUCAUCUCUGCUGACAGUGCCUUGUCAUCUCACGUCGCAGGCUUUCCAGCUGCAACGGGCAUUGCUGAUCAAAAUGUCUUCAUUGACAUUCGCAUCGCCAAGCAGACAGUGCGUGGCAUCUCUAUUGAGUGGUUCGCUGCCCUUGAACGGCCCUCCGAGACAUGGUUUACCAUUCACUUUGGUCAAGCUGGUGAUGAUAAGAAAGAAAUGACCUACAUUGGGCCUGGAAUUCACUCCUACUCCAUCUCAGAUCUGAUGCCUGCCACCAAAUAUGAAAUCUGUGUGACUCUAAAGAACCAGAUGCCUCGGCCAGGCCAGUGCAUUGUAUUUGUGACAGGAACUGACAUCACAGAGAUGGAGCAGAGGGAGAAGCUAAUCCAUAUAGUCGUGAUAGUUUUAGCUAUGGUGCUCGCCGUGCCGAUAGGCAUGUACGUCUGCACCAGUGACACUCGAAUUCCCUGCUAUGAGGCCAUCAUAGAGUCGUGGAAGAGAAGACAGAGAGAAAGCAACUCAUCUGGGAUGGAACGGGAAAGACAGGGCACUUUUGACAGCUUGCAGGCCGCCAGUGAUGAGGAGCUGGUCAAUAAAGAUUUCAAUGAAGACAGAAAGGUGAGGAGGAGGUCUGAAGACAGAUUCCGUAAGGGCAAAGCCGAUCAGAGCAGACUUACCGCUGAACUAUACUGAAUUAAUAGCACAUUAAACAUGUCAACUUGUAAUCAAAAUCCCAAUUUGAAUAAAUAUUAUUUUAGAUGUAUAAUUUAAAUGUUUGUGAAGUUAUAAUUUUUGCAAAAACAUUACAAAAAUUGAUGAGAUUUUCAGAAACAACAGAUGUAAAAACAAGAGCAAAGUCAAAUAAAUUAUAUGAAAUCAUUAUUUUAUUUAGGAAAUUGAUUAAGUAUUCAGUUGACAUCUUUUAUGGGCAGCUGCAGUAUUUCACAAUUCAAUUAUGUAAUCCUGAAAUUGUUGAGGUCAAGUUAUUGUGAUCAUGGGUAAACUGUAAUUUUCAUUAGUCCGAAUACAGCUCUGGAAAAAAUGAAGAGCCCACUGCACUGAACCACACUGCAAACCUCCUGGUUCUUCCACCAAAUAUUGAUGUCUGAAUUCUUCCUGAGUUAAAAUAUUAGUAUUUUUAUUUUUAAAAGAACAUGAACUUGGUUUUUUGCAUUAUUUUAGGUCUGAAAGCACUGCAUCUUUUUCUGCUAUUUUGACCAUGUCUCAUAUUCUGCAAAUAAAUACAACAUUGUUGUUUGAAAUUUCAGAGACAUGUUGUCUGUAGUUCAUGGAAUAAAGAACAAUCCUUGUUUUAUUCAAACAUAUAUCUAUAAAAAGUAAAAUCUAAGAAACUAUUUAUUUCAAGUGAGCUCUUAAUUUUUUCCAGAACCUUUCAGAACUUUCUCUUUAUUGUUUACCUGUUGGUGGUCAUAAUGUUAUGGCUUUUUCAGAAACUCAAUAAAAUAAGAUCUUCACAGAAGCUCCAGUUGAUAUGAAGAAUAAAUAGGAUUUUAUUUAUCCUACUUAAAAUAUAAAUAAAGUCCUUCAGUUGUUCAAUAGGCCAUCUAUUCACUUUUAUUUCUCCCUUUAUUUAGUUUGUAAAGCUACAACAUUCUUCACAACACUAAUAAUAAUAAUAAUAAUAAUAAUAAUAAUAAUAAUAAUAAUAAUAAUAAUAAUAAUAAUAAUAAUAAUAAUAAUAAUAAUAAUAAUAAAGUAAUAUCUAUUACCUUGGAUAAUGUUUUAAUCUGAAUUGUUCUCUUAGGGUUUCUCCACUUACUUACGAUUUUAAAUUGCGUCUUUAAUUCAGGCUAGUAAUGUGGAAACAAACAAGCAAAUAAUAAAACUGUGUCCACAUGUUUUCAAAUAUGGAUUUGUAGAACAUGACACAGUUUCAUGGUUUGGUUUUAAUUCUCUCUUUCUCCAUUCUAGGCCAAGGAGGUUGUGGGAAAGCUGUGAAAGAUGACUAUUGGGUCACCAGAGUAUUUCAAGGAUUUGCAACAGUAUAGGAAAUUUAUACAUGCAUAUAUUCAACCGUGUGCAUGUUUCUCUCAUCAUCAUUUAUUUGCUGAUUGAAGUUGAAUUAUGAAGUUGCUACUUUGACAGUGAUUGAAAUGGAUGGGAAUAAAUUUCUACUGUAGCGUUCUGUUAGCUGGUUUUAGUGUUUAGACAUAAAAACAGAAGGUAGCCAGCUUCAUAAAAAUGCUUUUUAAAUGAAUGUCUUGACUAGGGUGUGUUCUGUUCAGAUAGUGUAAUAUUUCUCUAGAUAAUUGUCUCAUAGAAUGUCUACAUAAAACAUCUAGCUGUGGUUUUAUUGAAACAUUUUAUAUUUGUCUUCCUUUUGCCAAAACCUUCCUUCCUUUUGCAAUAAACGAAUAAUUGUUUUUAAGCAAAAUUCAGUUUGAUUUAUCACUCAUGACUUGUACAAAAUGUAUGUAAAAUGUCCUUUUCCUGAGUAAAAACUACUGUCAAGCA